AUGGCGGAGACGCUGAGGCGGGUGCUAAGCGUGGCGAGUUCCGCCAGGCUGGUGGAGGAGAAUGUGGCGGAAGCGGGGUCACCUGUGCUCCUGCUCGGCGGUCCGGGCUCUGGAAAGACCACGCUGCUAUUCGCGGCGGCUCUGGAGGCGGCAGGGGAAGGUCGAGGCCCCGUCCUUUUCCUCACGCGGAGGCCGCUGCAAAGCCUACCCCGCCGAACCGGCGCCGCGCUCGACCCUCUGAGGCUCCAGAAGAUCCGCUUCCAAUACCCACCGUCGACCCGGGACCUGCUCGGGCUCCUGUGCUCCGCCCAUGAGAUUCGGGGCCCAGCCCCCUCCCUGCUGCUGCUCGACGGCCUGGAGGAGUACCUGCUGGAAGACCCGGGCUCUGAGGACGCCGCCUACCUGGCCGCCCUGCUGCUGGACACAGUCGCCCACUUCAGCCGCCGGGUACCCGGGGGCUGCGGGCUCCUCGUGGCCCUGCAGACCCAGGAGGAAGGGGACAAUGAGGACGUGCUGCAGCUGUUCAUCCUCCGGAGGUAUUUCCCUUCCCAGUGUUGGCUGCAUUUUGAGGAUCAGAACCCGGGACAGCGUCUCCUACGGGUCAGCCUGGAGCCUGGUGGGUUGGCCCCCCAGGAAGAGUGGUCUGUGCUCUUCCACCCAGAUGGCGAGAUGAUAGUCACCCCCAGAACUGCCUUGGCUGGUGAACCGAGUGCAGACUCUGCUUCCUGCGCUGGAGACCAGCCUUGUACUUCGGUGUGUGACCGCCAGUCUCUGCUUCAGUUUCUCUCGGCUGGGAAACUGACCGCAGGGACACACACAGAUCCAAAGCCUUGACAACUUAAUAGCAUUAUGUACAUAGGAUACCUAACCACUAUGUUGGGGUUGUUUUUAUACUUUAUUAAAAUAAUUUUGUGAUAGG